AUGGCAACAAAAGGUCUCGGUAACUUGCAAUCGUUCUUACAAUCUGCCAGACCUCGACAUGUAUAUACUCCCACUUCGGCCCCCGCCCUACCUCGGUCCCUGUCACAAUUAGCAGCUUUCAAGAUCCCCCAGAUCUCCAAUGAUCCCAAUCACCACUAUGCCAAAGGAUCUGCACAACGCGCUGGUCUCAACGCCGCCCUGGAAAGCCUCCAGAAGCAGAUACCGGUCGAGGUCCCGAUUGUAGUCGGAGGCAAACAGAUCAAAACAUCGACGGUUUCCGCCCAGCACAAUCCGUCCAACCACUCCUCCACAAUCGCCUCCUACUCGAAUGCCUCCCCUUCAGACGUUUCCGCGGCAAUCGAUGCGGCUCUUGCAGCUCAGCCAGCAUGGGAAUCUCUGCCAUUCGCCGAUAGGGCCGCUGUAUUCUUGAAGGCUGCAGAUCUGGUCGCUGGAAAAUACCGGUACGACAUCAUGUCUGCUACAAUGCUUGGACAGGGCAAAAACGCAUGGCAGGCUGAGAUCGACUCGGCCGCGGAACUGGUCGACUUCCUGAGGUUCAAUGUCAAGUUUGCGGAGGAAAUCUAUGCGCAACAACCAGCACACAACUCGCCAGGUGUAUGGAACAGAGUAGAAUACCGGCCUUUGGAAGGCUUCGUCUACGCCGUCACUCCCUUCAACUUUACAGCCAUUGCUGGGAACUUGGUCGGUGCCCCGGCACUCAUGGGCAACGUCGUCGUCUGGAAACCCUCAGAUGGAGCCAUUGCCUCGAGCUGGCUGCUCUACAACAUCUUGCUUGAGGCUGGUCUCCCCAAGAACGUCAUUCAAUUUGUCCCCGGGAAUCCAGAGGAGGUCACAAAGGUUGUCCUUGCCCACAAGAAGUUUGCUGCUCUCCACUUCACUGGUAGUACAGCCAUCUUCAGGCAGCUGUACGGAUCAAUUGCCAGUGGUGUUGCCGAGGGAAAGUACCAAGGCUACCCCAGGAUUGUCGGCGAGACUGGAGGAAAGAACUUCCAUCUCAUCCACCCUUCGGCGGAUAUCGAGAACGCGGCAGUGCAGACGGUUCGUGGAGCCUUUGAGUACCAAGGACAAAAGUGCAGUGCAACAUCCAGAGUAUAUGUGCCCAAGUCAGUUUGGCCGCAGUUCAAGAAGCGUCUCGUUUCUGAGACAUCUGCCCUUUCUGUUGGUACACCGAUAGAUCACAAGAAUUUCAUCGGACCUGUCAUCCACGCCGCAUCCUUCAACAAGCUUGCAGGCGUUAUCGAUGCCGCAAAAUCCGACAAGGAGCUCGAACUGCUUGUCGGAGGUAGAUGUGACAACUCGACGGGCUACUACAUCCACCCAACCAUCUACACAACGACGAAUCCUCACCACCCUCUCCUCUCAACUGAGCUUUUCGGUCCUGUUCUUGCAGUACACGUCUACGAUGAUACUUCGGCGCCUACUGAGGCAUUCCAGGCUAUCUGCAAGCUCGUUGAUAGGACGUCGGAGUAUGGUCUUACUGGUUCCAUCUUCGCUGCCGAUCGAGAGGCUGUCCGCUAUGCUGAGGAUGCUUUGAGAAACUCGGCUGGAAACUUUUACAUUAACUGUAAGAGCACUGGAGCUGUUGUUGGACAACAGCCCUUUGGUGGCGCCAGAGCUAGCGGUACGAAUGACAAAGCUGGGAGCUCAAAUAUUUUGACACGCUUUGUGAGCAUGAGGAGCAUCAAGGAGGAAUUCAACCCGACUCUCUCGGUAGCAUAUCCAAGUAAUGAGGUUUGA